CAUCCGGUCCGGCAGCUGAAUGUGCCCGCCAACACCGCUUGUCGUGUGGAUUUAUCCCGAAUGUGGUGUGCACGAGGUGUUGCGCUUAGAUUAGCAAAAAUAUCUCCUUCGGUAGCAAACAAAAAACAUUUUCGGUCUUUAACGAGCUUACGUGUACUGUCCAGCUGGGGUCGUUUUAGCUCUGUGAACAUUUCGGGCGUAGAGCGACGAUUUAUGUCCACUGACGCGAAGAGGAUCCGCACCGACAACAUGACUGUUAAAAAGAUCGGAACACACAACGGGACCUUCCACUGCGACGAGGUGCUGGCCUGCUUCUUUCUCCGUCAGCUGCCGGAGUACGCGGAUGCUGAAAUUGUUCGGACAAGAGACGCAGCACUGCUGGCAGAAUGUGAUAUUGUUGUUGACGUGGGAGGAGAAUUUGACUCCAAGAGGCAUCGCUAUGAUCACCACCAGAGGACUUUCACAGAGAACUUCCACAGUCUGUGUCCAGAGAAGCCGUGGGUGACCAAGCUCAGCUCCGCCGGUCUGGUCUAUCUGCACUUUGGCCGUCGACUGCUGGCCCAGCUGACGCAGCUGAAGGAGGACGACGGGCAGCUGGAGGUGCUCUUUGACAAGCUGUACGAGAACUUUGUGGAGGAGGUGGAUGCUGUGGACAACGGCAUCUCGCAGUUUGACGGAGAGGCUCGCUACGCCGUCUCCUCCACGCUGAGUGCACGUGUCGCACAUCUGAAUCCACGCUGGAACAGCAAGAGUCAGGAUACUGAGGAGGGUUUCCGGAAGGCUCUGAAGAUGGUUGGGGAGGAGUUCCUGGACCGUUUGGAUUUCUACAAGUCCUCCUGGCUGCCGGCUCGAACAAUUGUUGAACAAGCGGUCAAAGAGAGACAUCAGGUUGAUCCCAGUGGAGAGGUGUUGCUGUUCUCUCAGGGUGGCUGUCCCUGGAAGGAGCAUCUGUUCGCGCUAGAGCAACAGCUCGGCGUGGAGACUCCCAUCAAGUUUGUCCUUUACCCAGACCAGAACGGCCAGUGGCGGGUCCAGUGUGUCCCUGCAGGGCUCAACACCUUCCAAAACAGGCUGUCCCUUCCGGAGGAGUGGCGUGGUGUGCGAGAUGAAGCGCUAUCAGAGCUCAGUGGGAUUAAGGGCUGCAUCUUUGUCCAUGCCGGAGGAUUUAUUGGCGGCAACAAGACCCAGGAAGGAGCCCUGGAGAUGGCCAGGAGGACCCUGCAGGCUGCCGCCCAGUCACCUGCAAACGGAAGCAGCUGAACGUUGAGAAAGAGCAGCCAACGUUUUAUAGAGCAUCAACGAUGAACGCGUUGGUAUAGAUUAUAGUGGUUUUGUUAAAUCAUGUUCUAUCUACCUGUUCUGUGGAUGCGGUUGGGUUUUCUGCUGUUGUAAAGGCCACUUUCAUGUUUGUAAUUGUAUUUACUGCUCGGUUAAAAACAUCAAUAAAUAAACAGUAUUUCUGCCUCUG